GCAGCAGCGGCGACGGCGUACGGACUGGACCUAACUAGCUUCCUGCAAUUUUUCAGGUCUGAGGCUUGUGCUUCUGAAGUGAGCGGCAAGUACCAAGACCGUGUUGCUGCCUGCUCGAGGAUCGGGCGUUUAUCAUCAACGCAUCGCAGACUUGCCUUCUGCAAGAUGACAUCAACGUGACUGAAUCGACGCGCCUGCAAUCUACGCAAGUUUAAAGCAAUCAGCGAACUGUUAUCGCUUCCUCUGGGGGCGGUGUAUUCGCCGGAGCAUUUUGGUCAUUCUGGCAGCAGCGGCGACGGCGUACGGACUGGACCUAACAAGCUUCCUGCAAUUUCUCAGGUCUGAGGCUUGUGCUUCUGAAGUGAGCGGCAAGUACCAAGACCGUGUUGCUGCCUGCUCGAGGAUCGGGCGUUUAUCAUCAACGCAUCGCAGACUUGCCUUCUGCAAGAUGACAUCAACGUGACUGAAUCGACGCGGCUGCAAUCUACGCAAGUUUAAAGCAAUCAGCGAACUGUUAUCGCUUCCUCUGGGGGCGGUGUAUUCGCCGGAGCAUUUUGGUCAUUCUGGCAGCAGCGGCGACGGCGUACGGACUGGACCUAACUAGCUUCCUGCAAUUUUUCAGGUUACGGUUGGCGGGAAGCGCACCAUGGAAAACGAAGACGAAACUGUACUGUACAGACCAGCAUCUAUGCCAUUCCAGAGAAGGCAGGUAGAAGCACAAGUGCCUGAUGCUUUGCACAGGUCUGUAGCUACUCACGCUGAAGCUCCAAGGUUAUACACAGACUUGCAAACUCAAGGUUCAGCCUACAGGUCAGUAUCCACAUCUUGCUGAAGCUACAAGAUCACGCACAAAUCCACAUGUGCUCGGUGCUUUGCACAGGUCGGAAGCUGCUGGCUCAUUCACGGAAUUGCAAACUUGGGGCUCAUCAUACACACCAGUAUCCACACCCCUUGCUGGAGCUACAAGGCCACACACGGAACCACAUGUGCUUGGUGGUUUAUGCAGGCCUGCUUCGACACAUGCUGAAGUUGCCAGCUUCACAGAGUUGCAACCUCUUGGCCGGUAUCCAGAUAUCCGACUGGAGCUACAAGGUCACACGCAGAUCCACAAGUGCUUGCCUUCAUGGAAAGGGUCUCGCAGAUACUUAAUGGUAUUAAGCAGACCCAGCAGGCCCAUUCACAAUACCUUAAUGAGCUGCUCAGCAAUGCCAACAGCACAUCUUUACAACCUUGUGACCUCCCUGAUUUGCCUUUUUUGGAUGCGACAGACAUGCUCGACUUUGACAAAAAGCUUGAGACAGACAGACAAGCUCUACAUCAGAUGGUAAGUUCUCUGCUUCGUCUAUUCUUGUAAUUUUGCCAAUUUUAUGGCUGUAAGCACGUUUUAAUUAGUACUCCACUUCCUAAUCAUGUUGCUUGA